AUGCAGCCUGAUUCGACUCGGAAUUUGCCUUUCAACAGCGAAAUACUUGAUCAUUCGACUACUAAAGAUCUGCAUUUUGAGAUUCUUUGCGAACAGAUUUCAAUCGAUUUGGAUAUUCAUAACUUAAAGCCAACAGCUCAGUUAAUUUCAGUAGUCGAAACAGCGUUGAAUUCAAAAACACCAAUUGAAAAAUUAGAAAAUGUCUAUAAUAAUUUUGGACAUUUAAUUCCUACAAAAGUAAUAAUUGGCAAUAAACUCAAAAGAAUUGUUUGUUUUCCCGAAAACCAAUUCGACGAAAAAAUUAAAGGACAUGAAUUCGUAAAAUUUUCAGAGAAAGAAAACGAGCUUUUGAAGUCUUGGCGAGAAGAUAUUAGACCGUUCGAUUCUUCCUAUAUGCUAGCAAUGGAUUGCAUGCCAGUUGAAAUAAGUCGAAUCCCUGAUUGGCUAGAAUAUAAUAAAAGAAAUAAAUUAGACUGGCGAAUUAUUAAACUAUUUACUGUCCCUUUACACAAAAUCCUUGACAUUGCACAACAAAAAAAGAUUGAGUACCUUUAUCAAAAACAAGAUUGUAUUCUAAUGAUUGGCAAAAAUUUGAUUGCGGAUUACGACGCUGGAUAUUUGCAAAUUGAAUUCGAGAGCGUAUUGAAGAGUGCCAAUUACCAUUUAUUUGGUGUUUUAGUGGAUUCCGAUAAUGCAAAGUUAACAGAUGUUUUCGUUCGAUUUAGUUUGAAGACAGUUUUGGGAUUUUCUGUAAGUUGGCACGAUUUUCGAAAAAAUUAUAAUCAGAAAAUUGAUGAGUUAAACAUCGAAUGUGAAAACAGAGCCUAUUUUCUUCAAUGGAUUCUUAUUGGCUCUCCAAUAGAAAUUGGAUACACUGAUCCAGCAUAUCGUCAUCUAACAAUUAAGUUUGGUGUUGAAAAAAUAAAACUUACACUCGACAAUGUGAUAGAACUAGCAAAUUCUGAAGACAUUCCACCUGCAAAAACAUGGAUUGCGAAUAUCAAUAUAGACAAAGUUAUAUUUCCGCAAAGAAAUCUAAUUUUAUUUGAUACAGAAUGCGAUUUCGCACCCUCAAUAUUUUUUUUCAACAGUAAAAUUGUAUCAUGGCGAGAAUAUGGGUUGAUUAGAAUGCAUUUAAAGACAAUGAACGAAGAGGAUUAUGAAUUCAUCGAAGAAUAUAAAGGGCUUGAAGUCAGAAUUCGAUACUGUGUUUUAUUUUUUGAAAAUGAGAGUUUGGUUGAUUCAGUUUUGUGGAAUACAUUGGGCCACUUGUUACCUGAUCAGCCAGUUAUCACAUUUCAAUAA